AUGGUGGGUGAACUGACUUACUUCGUGGGAUUCCAGAUUCAGCAGCUAAAGGAUUGCAUAUUUAUUUCCCAAAGCAAAUAUGCGAAGGCCCUUGCCAACAAAUUUGGGCUUGAAAAUGCUAGAGCAAAAAGAACUCCUGCCCUCAUUCAUGUCAAAUUAUCAAGAGACUCUAAUGGUGCUACUGAUGAAAGUUCAUACCAAAGUAUUAUAGAAAGUCUGUUGUAUCACACAACUAGUAGACCAGAUAUAGCAUUUAUAGUGGGAGUGUGUACAAGAUAUCAAGCAAAGCAAAAAGCCAGUCAUCUACUGGGAGCCAAACGAAUCACCAAGUACAUAAGUGGUACCUAUGAGUAUGGUCUUUUGUAUUCUUUUGAUACCAACAACUCUCUUGUAGGAUAUUGUGAUACAGAUUGGGCUGAAAGCUCAGAAGAUCGAAAAAGCGCUUCGGGUAGUUGUUUCUUUUUAGGAAACAAUCCGCUGUCCUGGUUUAGCAAGAAGCAAAACUGUAUCUUCCUCUCUACAACUGAAGCUAAAUAUGUUGUUGUGGGAAGUAGCUGUACUCAAUUACUCUAG